AUGGAUUGGGAUGAAGACGACUGGGAAGACCCGCUGCACAGGGCCUAUAUCCAAGUUGUUGACAAUGAGGGCGCUCCCGCCUUCUCCUUUCACCUGCCGCCUGGUCUGCCUCCCCUGGUAGAUGAUGGAGGCGCUGCUGCGGAUCAGAUGGCGAUCGAAGAGGGUUUGGAGCCCUUGACCUGCGCCGAGGUGGAGUCCACCCUGCGACAACGCUUUAGAGCGCUACCCGAUGCGAGGAAGAUGGCCCUCCCACGUUCCUUCCUGAAUCAACUCUUUCCGCGACCCAGCGGAGAGCAGGAGAAAGAGACGCCAGAGGAGAAGCCAGGUGAGGAAGAAGAAGAAGAAGAAGAGAAGAGCCAACGGUACGCCCGGGCGCCUCCGCCUCCGGUCUCGAAGAGAUGGCUGGUCGGCGCGCUGCGGUGGCUCUUCCUCGCCAGCCAAGACGACCCGCAGGCCGGCCUGGCCUGGCUCUCGACCACUGCGACGCAGCCAGGCGAGCGGCACGAAGGCGGCGACGUCGAGCGGACGGAGGAGUGGUGCCUCAUGGCGUCCGCCGUGCUGGGGCACAUCGAGUCGUCGAUGCACGACUUGUACGCCUCGCCCAAGUUGACGAAUGAGUACAUCGCUCGACACACCGAUCUGCUGGCCGACACGGAGCAGCUGGCGAGCUGGAUCAAGCGCGCCUGCCAGGCGCAGCGAGCCGAAGUGCUGCCCUACCUUCUGCGCUGCCUCUCCGCCUUGGGCUGCGCGCACGCCCGUCGGGUGCCUCAAGGUGAAGACCGGUAUGUGCAGCUGGUGCUGGAAUGCAUCCAAGCACCGCUGCAGCCCACCAACAAGCCCACCGUCAUCACAGCUGGACUGAACUACCUUGGCAUGCCCCGCUCCGGCUUCGUUAACGAGAUACUACAGGAGACGUUAGAUGAAUUCGAGCAGAGCAUCAUUAACCUGAUCGAUCACCCGGAGAUCCAAGUGAGGACCGCUCUCCUUCCCCUGCUAUGCAGCCACCGAUACGAUCUCUCAGAUGCUGUGCUGCUGACGUUGAGCGCGCUGAGCCAAGCCCUGUCGCUCGACAGGCUGAUCGAUCAUUCCCAGGACCUGUUCGAAGUCGCUAUGCGCGCGCUGGGGCACGAAGACCGCAAGGUGGUCUACAGCGCUGCUGAGUUGCUGGAAUUGAGCCUUGACUACUACGACGCCGAGUUGGACAGGAAUGCGUCGGAAGCCCUUGUGUGGUACAUUUCUCAGCCCAUUCCCGUGAGAAGCGCUUCACCAAGCCAACAUGGCCCAUCGGACUCUCCCAGGCUGGUCCGGGCGCUGGUGGACGUCGUUUGGAAGCCGCGUGCGAUCAAGAGCCUGCUGGCGCUCAGCGUCAAGUGCGUGAGAGCCAACCUGGACAAGUUGAAGCCGUUGGUGCCGGUGCUGCCCCACGAGUUGCAGCAGCGAAUCAACCCGCUCGAGUUCAAGAUCCACGACACGCUCGGGGUCGCGGAUCAGAAACUGUGGUGGAGCCGCCCACACGACGCGGCCACUCACUGUCUCAACGUCCUCGUUACCGCGUACCCGCACUGCUUCACCGAGCUGGCGAGAAUCGUCGACGAGUACUUGGAGCCGGAGCAGCCCUGGCGCAAACGGGAGGUCGGUCUCUUUUUGCUGCAGUGUGCGCGAGAUGAAGGGGAGUACAACGAUAUGGAGUCGGUGGAGGAACUCAUGGCCUGGGCUGAGGGCCAUUUGCCCUUGGUCGUCGCCUCCCUCAGCCAUCCUCACCCACAAAUCCGAAAGGUCAGCUGCCUUACGAUUGAGCGCACGUAUGCGAGAGACGUGGACGACUACACUGAGGAGGUGUUGGACGCAUUGUGGCGUAUCGCCAGCGACGAUCCGGUGGACGUGGCCGAGGCGGCUGUCUCCUGCAUCAAUGAGCUCUUCGGCGCGGGCUCGCUUUCCCUACUCACAUACGACGAGGGCUUGGAGCGCUUGGUCGCCAUCUGCCGCAAGCGUCCUCCUCUGGCGGAGCAGCUCGUGCGAACCAUGAUCGGUCUCAUCCCUCUCAGAGUCGCACCGGACGUGUGGAUACCGACGGUCGUUCCUCUCUGCCUGGAGCUGAUCGAGACCAGUCAAGACGCCGACACCCUGCGCAGCACUUUCGAGUGUCUGGCCGAAGUCCUGCUCUACAACGCCAAAAGUAUAGGAUUGGGCGGCCACAAGGAGGCGAUCACGCAGCUGCUCGAACGAUUCUCGGCUCGACCGGAAGACCACGCGCGCGGGGUGAGGCUGAUGGAUGCGCUCCAGCGUGCCAAUGUCGACCUGAGCCUGUUUGCCUCGCCCGACGCUAUCGUCGCCUUUGCCGCGUCAGUUCUGCAGUCACAACGCCCAUCGGUACACAAGCUGUCCCACCUAUUGGACCACAUGACCAUGAAGCAUCCGGAAGCAGUGCAGCGAGCACUCCCGCAACUGGUGCCAGCCGUGGUGGCCGCCAUCUACCACACGCACUACGACCCCAGCAAGUGGUAUCACAUGUUCGCGAGCAUCAACGAAUGGCUACACUCCUUUUCCGAGGAGAUGACGCCUCACAUCGAAUCGCUGUCGGCCUGCCUCGCCCGCGUUUCGCCGGCCAUCGUGUCCGACAAGUACCGCGCGGCCAUGGUCAACGCCAUCGGCCUGAUGGGCUUCCGCCAUGCGCACCUGGUCAGCCCGGCCGUGCUGCGGGUCUUCCCGGCCAACUGGCUCCGGUCGGCCCACAUCUUUGGCAUCAAGUAUCCGGACCCCAGCUGGCGCAACCGCGCGCCCGGGUCGCCGCCGCUGCCGUGGGAGGAGGCCGCCGAGGGCCUGGCCAACGUGAUCGAGCGCCUGUGCACUACUGCCACCACAGAUAACUACGCCAGCGACGCCUCCAGUGAGUCGCGCUACAUGGCGCCCGUCGCGCUGGCCGCGCUCAUCAAGGAGGUGCUCGACACGAUGCGCUCGCUCGGCGCCCUGCAGGGCGCGCUGAGCCCGCGGCUGCGGGAGCGGCUGGCGGCGGUCGUGGCGGCGGUGACGGGCGGGUGGUCGCACAAGCAGCAGAAGGCGUUCGUGCGCCAGUACUGGGCGGAGGAGAGCAACGACCGCGAGGACUACAAGGAGCUCCUCCGCGAGUUCCUGCCCGACAUCCACCCGCUUGUCGUCCUCCUCAAUCUCAAAUAG